UCAUUAAAUGGGGUCAACCAAUCAGAAACAUAGAAACAAGCAACUCUUUCUCCCUUCACCAACAUUUUUCUCUUCAUUCUCUGCAUAAAUUUUGGGCAAAGGGAGAAAAAUUGUUAUAGAGGACAGUGAAAAAGGCAAGCGAGCGGAGGUACAAUUUGUGUGACUGUUGGUGUGCGGGAGAGGAGGGAGAAUGGAAGCAAUGGAUGGACAAUGUUCAGCACAACAACCACCAGCAUCUACUUAUACACUUGAAACAAUUCGUUUAGCAAGUGAAGACAUACUAUUCUGUAUAGACGUCGACAAUGAAUCGCUCGUUGAAAUGAAAGUUUCCGCUGCCGGCGGUCGACCGUAUACUAGAUUGGAUUCAAUUAAGCAGGCUAUACUUCUCUUUGUCAAUGCUAAACUCACUAUUAAUCCAGAUCAUCGAUUCGCUUUUGUUGGCCUUGGAAAAUCUGCUUUCUGGGUUCGGAAAGAGUUUACUAGUGACAUUGACUCGGUAGUUCCUGCAUGUCGGGGUAUUGCAGUAGAUUCACCUUGUGGCCAUGCAGACCUUACUCAACUAUUUCGGGUGGCGGCUCAUGAAGCGAAAAAGUCACGUGCACAAAAUCGGAUACUCAGGGUGGUACUUCUAUAUUGUAGAUCAUCUACACCACCACAACAUCAAUGGCCUGCGACCCAAAAGCUCUUCACUUUGGACGUAGUUUACCUUCAUGACAAGCCUGGACCCGACAAUUGCCCUCAAAAGGUGUAUGAUGCCCUUGUCGAGGCCCUGGAACAUGUCAGUGAAUAUGAGGGUUACAUAUUUGAGAGUGGUCAGGGGCUUACUCGUGUCCUAUUCCGUCAUAUGUGUACGCUUCUUUCCCACCCUCAGCAACGUUGCGUGCAAGAUGAUCUUGACAUUCCCAAGUCUCUUGCAAAGAAGUCGGCUGCUGACUCGGCACCAGCUGAUGAAAAUGCUGUUGUUGUCUCUAGCCAAUGAUAUCAUAAACUGUUGACAAAUCAAAACAACUCAUCCUUUUUGUUUUAGUGCUCUAUGGAGACUAAUGUGGAUAGUUGAUCUGGUCAGUGUAUUAUCCCCUACCCCGACCCCGACCCCUACCCCCAAUCCUCUCCGUUUCCACCUCCUUUUUUGCCUGUAUAGUAAUCUGUUUGUUGGCGAGUCUUUAAGUCGGUCUAAGAAUAUAAAUAUAUCAGUGUUGAUGGGUUGUGUCUUCUUUUGGUCAUUGCAAAAUCGUCUGCUCUACUAUUGUUUCCAGGUCAAUGAUCCUUUUGUAUUUCUUGUACUAGAACUAAUCUUGUUUUACUUACAAGAGUAAUAUCCUAUCUUUCUUGUCUUAAGGGAAA